GCAGAGUAGGAUGUUUAUUAUCGUCAAUAUACGAGAUAAAUGCAGGCGAUACAUGGUUAUGAAAAUCAUGGUAUUCCUCCUCGCACUUCACGUUCAUCUUUAGGUACGUAUUUAUGUGUAGGAUAGAUGCAUAGAAAAUAAAUUUGCAAAGCGCUUGUGGUUCAGUCGACAGCACAACUUUACCAAUGGAGUAGCUAUUAUUUGGUGUUGUAUUCACUAGAAUAUUUAUGUAAUUGCGUUGAGAACGAAAGGUGCAACGAAAACAUGGUGUCACAGUGUCACAGCCAGUGGGAUCAAGUCCUAAGUUUGGAUUUAUUUGGAGACGUUUGGAGUUUUUAUAAAAGUCAAGGAAUUCCGAUAAGCAUUCGAUUUAGGCUGAAUUCUGUAUGGCUCGAAUUUCAUGUAAAUGAGCUCCGAUUGAAUGCAAACCCAAGAAACUCGGACGACUUACCGUUUUUUGAAAAGUUUAUGCUCAAUUUUGUGCAUGAUUUGCGUAUAUCGGCAAAUAAUAUUCUCGACUCUGCGAGACUUGAGAAUGACAACUCUACGAUUGCAAUGGGUUUCGAGCUUCAACAAGAAACGGAAGAGCUGGCUAUGAAGUUCCAAGAAAACCCUGUCGGCUUAUUCUGCGCUAUCAAAUCUUGUCUGGAUUAUGAAUUGGAAAUGAUUAAACUAAAGACCGGUUGUGCACCACCCCCACCGACCCAAGGGACGAGUGGCUCAAUGACACCUCAAAAUCCACUCUCCGUAACGUCCAGGUAUAAUAGCUUAGGCAGUCGCCUUCACAAAGUCGUUCUCACCUCAACCGGUCAACCCACCCACAUCGGAGAAAUCAAUCGAAUUCGCUUGCAAAUGCAGGAUACCAUUGUGGAGUUGGUCCAGCUACGAGAAAAUCUCAAUGGUCUCGAAGUCGAUAUCCACAUUGCUUCAGAAUGUAACCCACGAAAUGGAGGAGUUCAAACAGAAGUGCAUGCACUUCAAGCCACUUGGAAUCAGAAACGAGCUCAACUGAUUGAAAAAGUCGCCUCUCUGAAACGCGAUGUAACCAACUUCACGUCACACAUCAAGAAUGCAAUUUCGCAGAUUUCUACAUUUUCGGUGGAGUUGAUUCAAUUGAUUGAUGAAUGGAAAAUCGAACAAAGACAUGAAGCAAAUGGGAUGGGCGACAUGAGCCACAGCUUGGACAGAAUUUCGUCCCUGGUUAAAACGUACGUCACGGGAGUGGUCGAGCUCAACCGACAGCUUCAGUGCAGACCCCGUAUUGAAGCGUGUUUAUCAGAAAAUGGGGAAAAUUGUGAGGCAGUAACUCAAAUUGUGAAUGGAUUCAAAGCUGAACUCGACCAACUAAUGUAUGCAAUAGUAUUCAAAACCUUUCUCGUGGAAACACAGCCCCCACAAAUUCUCCGCUUGAAGAGCACGAUUAAACAAGGGAUUAAGCUUCAGCUUUUAGUUGGAAGCACGAUCAUCCCGAGUAGCACGUUAGCGGUGAAAGCUAUGUUGAUAGACAAACUGGAGGUGGAAAAACUGCACGCUAAUAAAAUGUACAUACCGAAACCAUCAAUACAAUUGACGCACAACGAAAUGGAAAUGUGUAAUGAGAACGAGAAGUUUGGAACCACGUUUUCUGGAAUUACUUUGCCCGAUAAACGCAAAAAUGCUGAUCAGAAAGGGAAAGGACAGAAAGAUUCAGAUGAUCAAUUUGUUACUACGAAGAAAUACUGUUUCUAUUUCUCCACCACCUUCUCUGCACCCGAAAUGUCGUCAUUCACGAUAUGGACUACGUCACUUCCAGUUAUCGUGACUUGUCAUCCGAGUCAGUAUGCAGAUGCAUGGGCGUGCAUUCUGUGGGACAAUGCUUUCGCUGUUCCGAAUCGGGCCUCUUUUGAGGUCGCCAAAGAAGUUAACCCCGAAAGUCUAAUGAAAGUUUUAAGUUCUGUCUUUAAGUUGCAAACUCGCCGACAAUUGUCUCCUUUACACCAACAAUUUCUCCUGAAAAAGUUGAUGGGUAAUCAUGUUGGACAGGUAACAUGGCAAAUGUUUUUUGAAAACAAAGUUGAUUGUUGCAUCUCUAAGAGGCCAACCCCGGAAACAAGCAAAUCGAAAGAAGAGACACAAAGAGUUACCUUUCACUCUUGGCUCUAUGCAAUUAAACGUCUUUGUGAGUCAGCCUCCAAGGAUGACACCGAAAGUGCAAAUGACGAUCAGCCCAAGCCAUUGGGAAGGACAAGUACUAAAAAGGAAAGGAAACUUCCAAAAGACAACACGACCAUUCCUUGCUACUGGGCGACGGAGGUCAUUGAAGGAUUCAUAACCAGAGAACAUCUUUACGAACGGUUGCAAAGUAAACCUGAAGGGACAUUUAUUCUUUAUUUUUCCGAGGCCAUUUUGGGAGCCAUUACAGUGGCCUGGUAUAAUCACAGAGAUAGGAAAGUUGAAAAGUUUGCACCGUAUGAGGUGAAAGAGUUGAAAGAUCAUCCUCUCGAAGAACGAAUUUUAUCUUCAGACCAUCUUAAAUACUUGUUUCCCAAUAUUCCGAAGGAAAACGCGUUUCAUAGAUUGAGGGACACAAAAGAACUGAUUGAUUUCAAAUGGGAUAUGAUGCGGAAAGGCUACAUUUGGCACACACAAUGUCAAGUCGCUCAACCUCCAAUUCUUGCCAGGGAUCGUCAAAUAUCUGGCAGUUCUUCUGAAUAUUCCAGUUGCCCAAGUCCGUACUCUUACGGAUCCCCAUUAUCGGUUUCCAGCGCUCAAUCAGGAUGCGAGAUCAAUACCUCCGUGCAAGGCCUUUACGCUUCAAGCAUGGAUUUCCAAUAGCCAAAGUUCUCACCAUUUUCCUUUCAGAAUUGUUGAAUGGAAUGGACUAGAGAUUUAUAAUGAGUGUUAUAAUACUUUUAUUGCAUUUAGGCGUUCUGCCUGAAAAUUAGUUGUAUAUUUCAUCUAAUAGUGUAUUCCAUACAAAUAUAAAUAAAAAUAACAAACAAGUCAAU